CCCCCCCCCUCCAAUCUCCCCAUCCCCCACUCCGUGUAUCUGCGCUAUUGCUGCUGCUGAAUCCUGAAGAGGAAACCGACAGGGUCGAGAAAGAAAACGAGAAGGAUACGCAUACACGUUGAACAACCUGGAGUGAGUGAGUGAACUGGAAAUAAAGGCAACGCGUUCAACUGCAUUACACUGAUUGCAUAUCCAUUCCCUACAUUAGCUUUUCCGAAAAUGGCAAGCGGGCACCCUACUGACAAAUUCAGUUUCUUGUACCAACCUGAAAGCUGUCAAAACUUGAAGAGCAAAAGUAGACUGUCUUCCACAAUGAAUCCUGUUUACAGUCCCGUUCAGCCAGGGACACCCUACGGAAAUCCUAAGAACAUGGCCUACCCAGAUUAUAGAGGUUCUCCCGAAUGUCACUCCCCGAUGUGCCAGUGUCAAUCAUCCUCCUGGAGAGCUCCUGUCUUCUGGACAUAUGGAAGUAGUCUGCUUUCUAGUGGGGCUGGGUAUCUUUAUUAUGGAUAUCCCGCUGGUUACCCAACAACUGCACCCACCUAUACACCCAAUCUUUACCCAACGGGCAGUCCUGGCUACCCCCAAGUGCUGCUGGUGAAGCAGGGCUGGCCGCAGACCUCAACCUCUGGUGCCACUGAGGGUUCCUAUGACCUCCCAGUGGAUGCUGGGACUGAGAACCGAACUUACCAAGCCUCUUCUGCUGCAUUCAGAUACACUGCUGGGACUCCCUAUAAGGUCCCUCCAACUCAGACUAAUGGAGCCCCUCCACCCUACUCCCCAUCACCAAACCCCUACCAGACUGCCAUGUAUCCAAUCAGAAGUGCCUAUCCACAGCAGAAUCUCUAUGCCCAGGGAGCUUAUUACACACAGCCUAUGUAUGCAGCCCAGCCUCAUGUAAUCCACCACACCACCGUGGUGCAGCCUAACAGCAUUCCCUCUGCCAUCUACCCUGCCCCAGUCCCCGCCCCCAGGACCAAUGGGGUCGCCAUGGGUAUGGUUGCCGGGACCACCAUGGCAAUGUCAGCAGGGACCUUGCUGACAACGCCUCAGCACACUCCAAUAGGCCCACAUCCCGUUUCCGUGCCAACAUACCGGCCUCAAGGAACACCUGGGUACAGCUAUGUGCCCCCACACUGGUAAACUCACCGGCCCAUUUCAUAUCUGGAGUCAAACAUUGUAUGCAACUACUCAAGUCUUACAUUGGUGCUCGAGUGCCCACACCACAGCACCGAGUGUUUGCAAGAACAAAAAAGUGCUCGGUUCACUUUAUGCAUUCUUUUUAGUGAUUUUUGUAAAAGCUGCUUUUUUCCAAAUUUCUGCCUCCUUGUUUUUUCCAUUUAUUUUAUUUCACAGUAACUCCAGACUGACACAGACCAGUGGUAGUAGUAAUGCUCUUUUUUGUAAUUCUAGUUAUUUCUAUAGUUUCAGCACAGGGCCAGUUCAGUGGUGAGAAUGUAUGCAUUAUUUUCUUACGCUGUCAAAAUGAAAGCAAAACCAACAAAAACAAAAAAAUAGACAUUAGCACAGCGUCUUAUUGAAAAAUGGCUGACAGACUUUUAUGCAUCAUUUAUUUUUUCUUCCAAUUUGGUUUGAAAAUUCCAUUCAUCUUCCAAUAAUGAAAAGGGUGUCUUCCAGUUUACUAGUGAUUUAUUAGGUAGACUAAUAAUUAUUAUUAUUAUUAUUUAUCUGCUGUAUGACAGUAUAAAUGUGGUAAUAAACUUCGAUUCUCACUAGUUAAGUCCGUAACAUUAGCUUUUACUGCUGGAUCUAGGAAGCAGUUUUAUUAGUACCGUAAAGAUCUGAAAUCUAAAUAAAUAUUUAUUUAUAUAUACAGAUAUAUAUAAGGCAGAGGAUUUAAUGAAGUUGAGAAAGUAGCCCCCCACUGAACUGAAGCAGUCAUCCAUUGGAGGAUUGGUGGCAGAUUGGUUAACAGAACUAUUCAGGAAAAUGUUAAGGAUUUAAAGGGACUUGGAGAUAGAGAUAGGCACCUGCACUGGAUAAGUACAGUGCAUAGAACUUUAGGCUGAGGUUACAAAUGAAAAGAACAGCUUUUGGAAAUGUCAAACCCAUUCGUAAUUGGCGACUCAAGGAAGGAUAUUGCCCUAUAUCCAUUACAGGCAAAUAUAGACCCUGUAAAACACACUGUUGACAAUAUGUUCUGUAUAGACCAACACAAUUUAGCAAAAAAUCUUAAGCUAUAAGAAUAGUGGUGGAAAUGUAGUGGGGAGAUUAAUUAAAAUGUUUUUAAAUGUGUAAGAAAUACCCAACGGGUUAGGAUCUUCUUGCCAAGGGGAGAGACUUGUCAUCUUUAAACUUGUUGACAGAGUCCCGGUAGUAGGUAUUGGGCAAGAGCAGAUUGAAGGCGGAUCAGUUUCAGCGUCGCCUCAUUGGAGGGUUUUAGGCUGGUAUUUGUUUAUCAUGUUGCUCCCCUGGGCUACAGCAACUUGCAUGUUUCCACUUCUAAAAUCUUCUAAUCCAAACGAUUUCAGCUGUUUCUUGCACUGGAACGGUUGUUUUCCCAGGAUGUUUAGUAAUGCUUUAUUCGUGUUAAAGCAAAUGACCUACCUGAGCAACUGACAGGAAUGCCCUUACACACAAGGGAAACGCAGCGAAUGACUAGAUGGUAAGAGAAAGAGUAAACACUCAGGCUUUUGAAGGAUAUUGAAAGAUGGGCAAACAUCCAAAUAACACAUUGCUGUGCUCCACUCCUGUCCUGUAUUUAACCCUUCGUUCUUUGCCUGCGGACACACCACUUUGUCUUUUUUUUUAAAAUACUGGCUCGUUUUACACACUCCAGACUCGCAUAGAAACACACUCGCUGACCAAGAUUGUGAUUCGUCUUGGUGUGUUUGCAACACUAUGAUUUUUCAAGUCAGUUGGAAUAUCAUCUCUCAAUGAUAGUACAGAACUGUGUGGCUCUGUAUCUACUGCAGACUGGGUCUUUGCACAUCAGUCUCUACAUUUAAAUUCAGUAAUAGUGACCACAUAUCAGAGUAACUCUAUUAAAUGAUGGUGUUUAGAUAUGUUGCACAGAACAUUUAUAAUAAACUAUGCUAAUUAAAAGGUACUUUUAAAUUCACAUGGGCUCUUUUGAAGGAGCUUUUUAUUAAAAAGCCAGUGAAAUAUAUGGUACCCCUUUGGUCUGUCUAUGUAAGAGGAAUAUAAAUAACUACAUAUAUAACACUACCAUUUGUUGUUGAGGCUAGUUAACCACUGAUUUCAAGUAGCAACCAUUUGAACUACUAUAGCAAAAAAAUUAAAUAAAUAAACACAUUUAGCAAAGUAUUAGCCAGAUAAGAAGAAAAAAAAAUAUUCACGUAUGUAAUGGCAUGUAUAAUCUAUACAGUGUGGAUGUGUUAUACUGUGUAUGCAUAAAACCCAAUCUUGUCCUUACAAAGCAUGGUUGCGUGAGGUAGAUACUGUAAAGACUGUAACCUUGGUUUUCCUAUUUUUUUUUUUUUCUUGAGGUUUAUCAUAUUUCCUAAAUGAUGUCUUAUUAAAAAAUGUAAUAAGAAGUCGGUCAUGCAUGGGUAAAAGUUUAAAAGAUGGCCAGUUGUCUGGCUUGCAAGCAGUUAUAUGUUGGGAGUGGAACUUCUGGUUUAAUAUUCUGUGGUUUUCUCUUGUCUGUUUAAAUCACAUUCCAUGGUUUUAUAUCAUUCUAACAUGUAAAAAUGCAUUAUGGAAAUUGAUUAGGUUAUACAUGUUUUACAUGAGCUAAAACACUCCCAAUUUGUAAACUGAACAUGCAUUUUUAUUAAAUCUGCCCUCGCAGCUCAGCUGGAAGCCAGCAUUUUUAAUGACGAAAUACAAACUGCUUUAUUGACAAUAAAAUACCAUUCGAUGUCUCAUUUACUUUUCAAUAUCUCCAAUUAGAAACAGCAAAUUGGUCCCAGUCCCCUAACUGAUGGAAAUGUGUACAAUCCACUUCAGUGUCUGUUCUUUAAACAAACACAUUUCUAAACAGGGACAAAGAACCAUAGGUACCGAAGUGUUUUUUUUUAGGCAUUCACAUUGAGAAAGUGUCUGCAUUAAAUUCACUGAUGUGAACUAAUACACUCUUAACAUAUCGUACAAGAGCCUCUUUUAACACAGGAUUGGGCGCCCUGCAGCUUUAAUAGGCUGUUUCCAGAAUAAUACAUGUUUAAUUAAAUACAAAAAGAAGAAAAAAAACAGUCAACUUCUUCGUGUUUUCCUGGUCUUGACUUCAAUUUGCCAUGGGAAAAUAAUGACCAUAAUGAGUAUGGUUAACUGUGAAGCACCUUGCUAUGGUCACUAGGGCUAAUGAAUGGAAAAGUUCCCAGAAUAGAAAUUAGAUGAAGCAAUUUCCUGUGAUAAUACCUUUGCCCAUGCCAUGGCUGUUUUCUACAGACAUUAAACAUUUGACACAAAUGGGAGUAUGUAAUAACUAGAGAAUAUAGAGCUGGUUACAUAGUUCAGCCAUACUGGGACUGUUUCUCCCAAAACAAAGACCAUUGAACAAUCUUUUGUAGGUCUUUGCUAAAAAAAAUGUACUGUAAUGCAAGACUUGAACAAUACAUUUUAAUAGUUGUACUGGCCCAGUUUAAUGUUGAAGUACUUGGAGUACAAAACAAGAAAAUCAAAUUUAAAAAAAAUUAACUUCCAGAGAUUAGUCCGUGUGUAUGAAUAUUGCCUCCGGUAUUUUAAACAAACAAACAAAAAAAAAUAAUAAAAAAAAAUAAUAAUAACUUAGGUAAAAACCUUUUUCAGUUCUGAUAUGUAAUUUAAGCGCUUUUUACCAUAAGUGUUAUUUAAGUUUUAUUGAUUGAUGUUUAUUCUUAAAUAGAGGAACUUUUCUGGUUGAACUGAAGUUGGAUGCUUCUUUGAGCUUCAGGGAGCAUUUCAGAACACAAGUCUGUGGGAUUUUUUUGUUUUUAUAAGAGCUUUGUAACAUUUUCUUUCACUUAGGACGAGGCAAAGCAAAACACACUGACAGAUGUGAAAAGUGGCCAAGUCUGACUUAAAUACUUACAAAGAUAUUAACUGAUUGCAAUGGACCACAUUUGAGAACUAUCGGUCUAGAGAAGGGUUUGGUGUGUAAAAUGUAAAACAUUUUAGAAAAUUGUGAAAUAAUUUAGCUCUGAACUGCAUUGUAUGCCUGUCGACUCUAGACACAGAACUGGUCUAGAACAGGUUUAGCAGUAAAACAAUUGGAUUCCAGAAUGAGUCAAUGGGGAAAGCUGCUGCUAUGGUAAUGCCAGCCUCUAAAAUAUACACACAUCCCGGCACUGCUUCCUAUCUCAUUGCGCUCCUGGUAACUCUCUGGCCUGUAUUAGUUAUCAAAAUUAUAGCACUGCUGUAGCUUUGUUUACAGCUUCUAUGUACACACACAAUUUCUUCUUAAUUUGUCAAGGCAUCUUGGGGAGCACUUAAAUAAUACAAUUGUUUGGUUUUCUUUGUCAGAAAUGGCCACCUUUUUUACAUCUGUUAUUGCUCUUAGAUUGCCACGUGUCCAUGUGGUGUCCUAUGCAGUAUAUUGAUAUUUCAAGCAACGUAAUGUGCGUUUCUAAUGUUCCUAUAAUAAUGACAGUUUAACAGAUUUGUUUCUCCGUUCGUUCCAAACUGUGAUGUUUUUCAGGUGUGCGGAAGUAGGACGUGAAAUAAAAUUAGAACUUUCUAAAUUCAUUUGGAACUUUGUGUGUCUAGAUGAAAUUGUCAAGGAAAUAAGAAUAAAAAAUAGAAACAAAACACAUUUUAGGAAGAGGUUUUCCAGGAAAACAUUUGAAAUAGUGACAAAAGAUUACAUUUGGUACAUAAAAAUACAAUUUAAUGUGCAUCUCUUCUUUCAAAUCUGACCAGGUUAAAUACAGCUUUAAUACACCGAAAAAAUAACAGGGAUGUGCAGGUUGGCAAAAAAACUAAUCUUUUUUUAAAAAAAAAUUUUUUAAUUUUUUUUUUACUGAUACAAAUAUUGUGUUGCUUGGAAUGUUUAAUGGCACAGGGCUGAACAGAUUAUGAAAGAUUUACACUAUUAAGUUCAGAUUUUAUUUAAUUCUAUUUCAAUUGCAGCUUUGGAACUUAAUUUAAAUUUUAUAUUAGAACACUAAUUGUGAAGCAAAAAGUGGAAAUUCAAGAAUGUCUUCCAAACUUUUUUCUAGAGUGUUUGAAGAAACAGCACCUAUGAAGCGGAAAGACCCACACAGUCUAGGCUUGUGAAUAUGAAGUGCACAUCUGGUUUUAUUAUUGUUUUUGUUUUUGAAGAUCAGUUAGUGAUCUCUGUGACAGAAUUAAGCCAAGUUUGUAAUUGUAUGAUAUUUACUGUAAGAUGUAGAACAUUCAAUAACUAUUAAAAAUCUUUCCAAAAAACAAAA